AUGAGCCUGAAGAGCACUAACAGGAAAAUGAGGAGGGGUUUCAUGUGCCACUCUCAGGCAUCAACGGCGGUGUGCAUGAGCACCGGCGACCAUCGGUCGGUGGUAGUGCCUAGAAGGCCUGACAGAAGCAUUUUUCUAGAUGAUACCAGACUCAUCAACUACCCUAAGUACUCCAAACUCAUUGAGCCUCGCCGGUUCGAGCCUGCUGAUAAGAAAGCACUGUCUGUUCCUGUACCAAAGAUCAAGCAGAAGAGGGAGCGAAGUCUAGAUCAAGAGAAAGCGCCAAGGCUAUUUCAUCAAACACCUACAGAUCAAGUCUUUCAGGUGGUUGUGAUGAAGGUGGCUCUUCAUUGUCAAGGAUGCGCUGGCAAAGUCAAAAAGCAUCUCUCCAAGAUGGAAGGGGUGACAUCAUUCAGCAUUGACUUGGAGACGAAGAGGGUGACAGUGAUGGGGCACAUAUCUCCUGUGGGAGUUCUUGAGAGCAUCUCAAAGGUCAAAAGGGCUGAGUUCUGGCCUUGUUGAAUCAUUAGACUAAAAAUUACAUUGUUGCUGAUUCAGUGUUAUUUCAGUAGUUAAAAUUAAAAUAUAUAUAUAUAUAUAUAUAUAUACAUAAACUUUGAAAUCUCAUUAUUCUCUUUCUGUGUUCCCAUAUAUUAUUUAGUAACAUUAUCUCUUUA